GUGUAGUAUUUGAUACGCGCCAUAGGCACUCUCGCUUAACGAAUAAGCCAUCAGCAACGUCUGGUGCAAAAGAAAUAUGAUAUGAGCACUGCUCCUCUUUCUCUCUCAUCGUCUCUGAAAUGCCAUUCUCUCACUUGAGAUUGUCUGUUCCUUCCCUUCCCAUCAAUCGUUUGCAUAACACCCCUUUGUCACCACUGUUAUAUUAUAUAGUCUACUGCACUAAAUUUCAAGCAAGCACGAAACAGUCAAGUUAUCGAGCAUCUCUUGUGAAGAACAAAUAUCCCUCAUUUGGCCUCGUUAGUUCCUCUACAACAGUGCAUGCUGCUCGAGCUUUGAAUGUUGUUGACAUAAAAGAGACUUUUGACCUUGGGGAAUGUUGUGAGCUAAAACUUAGCAUCAUUUCGUCUGAGGAGCAAACUUUGACUGACAAGGUUCAAUUGGAUAGUUGUUCCAACUCUGCAGAAAGCGUGAUAGAUGAUGAUCAGAAGGAGAGCCAUAGAAGAAGAAAGAUCGGACAGGCAAACAAAGGAAGAGUGCCGUGGAACAAAGGCAAGAAACAUAGCGCAGAGACUUGUGAACGAAUCAGACAGAGAACAAAAGAAGCCAUGAUGGACCCCAAGGUUAGAAAAAAGAUGUCCGAAUGCCCCCGCACUCUAAAUGAGCAGACCAAGGCAAAAAUACGCUCUUCACUCAAACAAUUAUGGGGUGAGCGAUUGAAAUGGAAGAAGUCAAAGGCGAAAUUCUUGUCAUCAUGGGCCGAAAGCAUAGCAGAAGCUGCUAAGAAAGGUGGGAGUGACGAACAAGAACUACAAUGGGAUAGCUAUGACAAGAUAAAAGAAGAAAUAGCUUUUCAACAGCGUCAAUGGGCAGCAGACCAAGCGAAGGCAAAGGAAAUGGAAAAAAUACGAGCGGCACAGGCGAAAAUAGUAAAGAUGGGAAGGCUUGCUCAGAAGAGAAAAGAGCAGGAACAGCAGGCAAAAGCUAGAGGAGAAAUGAAGAGAGAGAGACACAGAAAAUCAGAGGAAGAAAAAGAAGAGUUAGCCAUUGCUCAACGGUUAAAACUCAAGGAGAGAUUAACUAAGAUUCAUAAAAGGAAGUCAUUAACAAAUGGUCAAAUCACCUGCGAAGAUCAACGAGCUUGGGAGAAAUUAGAUUUGGAGUUUAUUAAGAGGGAACAUACACGAAGAGAAGUUUCACUUGCAGAUCAGAUCCGAGCUGCCAGGAACAAAAGAGUAGAAUGUGGGGCAAGGGAGAGUUUGCAAACAUCGUCAUCUCUUUACUCAUCCAGUGAGGGAUCAGCAGGGUGAACUUAGCUUCUCCUAAAUGGCUGCAACAGCAAAAAAAAGAUGCAUGGAGAGCAAGUGAUUCUAUUCCUGUUCUUUUGCUUGUAGUAGUCAUUGUGUAAUUUUUUGGUUCAACAAAAACUUUAUGGAAAAGAAAGCAAUUUCGAGAUUUUACGGCCACUAAUUAUCUUGACUCAUUGUAAUAUUCCAAAUUAACAAUUGUUCUCCUAUGUCUUCUCAGCAAUCAAAUGGAGCAUUAGUAGUACUUUGGUUCUU